ACCGUCUUAAUCAAAGAUGCAUUCCUAGACAGAUACUGUUCUGAUGAAGCAUCAUGGUUGCCAUCAUGCUGUUUGUUUACAGGACUACAUGGCGGACCAUGAUUCACUGCACCUGUUUGAGCUGGAUGGCAAUAAAAACCCUGAGGAGCUAUUCAUGUCGGUGUCCCGCCUGGAGUCCAUGUCAGUGCGUAGGGCCGCUGUCCCUAUUCGGCUUCUCUCGAUGGACGAGUAUUAUGACAUUGAUCCGGAGGAGCUGUUGCCCACCCUUUGCUCCUGUAAGACGGUGGUCCCUGGUUUCAAGUGGAGGAGGAGCCGCUGGGGUAGAGCCUGUCCUUUAGCCCUGAAGGAAGGCAAGAUGGUCAAGGGCAGACCUGAGUUCUCUGUGGGGUUUCUGGAUAAAGUCUAUGUCCUGUCGUCCAGUGAGGCCUAUGGGAAGUUCAUGCUGAAUCCACGGCGUUACCUCCUGCCCCCCAUGCCGCGGCCACCCUGUAAGGUAUCUGUGAUUGGCCCUCUGUGCUCGGGGAAGACCACGCUGUGUGCCCUAUUGGCCCAGCACUACGGAGCUGUGGUGGUGGAUGUAGAGGUCUUGAUGAAGCCCGUCCUUGCCAAAGUCAAUCAGGACAUGUUGGAGAGGGUCAGGAGAGAAACCACACUCAUGGCCAUCAAUAUGGUCAAGGCCCAGAUGGAUCUGGACGCCACACACCAAUCCAGUGAGUGAUGGGAUUAAUGGUGAUGGUGGUGAUGUAGUGAAAUAGUUGGUAAAAUCACACUCCCUCCACUGGCUCUUCAUCAUCCCACAGUGCAUCCUGGUGACAUCACUACCCCAGGUAAUAGGCGCAUACAAACACGGCUAUCCAAAUGAUGUAAAUAGAAUACAGGACUCAUCGGACCACACAACUUUUUACUGGUCCAAGGUAC